AGUUGAAACGAUUUGAUUUAACAACCUAACAUAUAAGGAAAGCAAAAAACAGAGUAACCAAUUUCAUUUCAAAGAACCUGGCCUGAAUUUCUGGAGAGAUGGGUUUGACAGUAAGAGCUAAACCCUUUACGUUUGUAUCCCAUGUAUUGGGAGUCAUAGCAGCGAUUAUGGUUCUAAUUUGGUGUAUUCACUUCAGAGGGGGUUUGGCUUUUUCUUCCACCAACAAAAAUCUCAUCUUCAAUAUUCAUCCAGUGCUCAUGCUAAUUGGGUUCAUAAUCUUAGGAGGAGAAGCAAUAAUAAGUUAUAAAGCUCUUCCAUGGAGGAAAGAAGUGAAGAAAAAAAUUCAUCUAGUCCUUCACGCCAUCGCCUUAGUUCUUGGCAUCAUCGGAAUCUAUGCUGCAUUCAAGUUUCAUAACGAGAGCGGAAUCGCCAAUUUGUAUAGUUUGCAUUCGUGGAUUGGCAUAGGUGUUAUUUGUCUAUACGGAAUCCAGUGGAUUUUUGGGUUCGUGGUGUUCUUCUAUCCCGGAGGGUCAACCACUGUAAGGGCUGAUUCACUUCCAUGGCACGCACUUUUCGGAAUGUUCGUUUACGUAUUGGCACUAUGUACAGCUGCAUUAGGCUUUCUGGAAAAACUCACAUUCCUUGAAAACGCAGGCAUUGACAAAUACGGAUCCGAAGCAUUCCUUGUCAAUUUCACGGCCAUUGUUACUGUAUUAUAUGGUACUUUUGUGAUUUUAUCUGCUGUUUCUCCACACGAAGCCGUAGAUGAUUUCAGUUAUGCAGCAAUAUGACCAAUUAAUAUACAUUUGUAUUAUUAUUGAUUUGUAAUUAUGAACAAGAUUGAAGAUUUUUUUUUCCUCCGAAAACACUACUAUAUUGAAAAUUAGUUAGCCAGGUUCAGCACCUGUCUAGCUUCAUGUUUUA